AUGGCUACUCCCUCGAGCGAUGUCGGCUUCAUGAUGUCGGAUGCCCCCUCGCGGGCUGCUGCGACCCCUAGGCGCAAUAACGGCUUCCCCUCCUCUUCGGCAUCACGACCCAGAGGACCACCUUCAGAGAAUCCAGGAGGAGCACCAAGUGAUGAUGAGGGUGAUGGCUUUGCAGAUGACCAGGUGCCACGAAGCUCAAGAGUCCCUAACUCUGCAGAUAUCUCCCGUGUUGAGGACAGGAUUGGCAUGCUCGUUCAGGAGCACUUCGAAUCCUUCAUUGAGAACUUCGCAGAAGAUCCCAUAAGUGCUCCUACACCAAGUGCUCCUACACCUAGCGCCGUCACCACAGACAAGUACUAUGUUGCCCAAAUCAAAGGCAUGCGCACAUAUUCUCUCUCGACAUUCUACGUCGACUAUAGACACUUGGCUGCAUACGAAAAUGGAAGUUUGGCCGAUGGUGUCAUGCGCCAGUACUACCGAUUUCUCCCCUUCUUGACCGCCGCUUUACACAACAUGAUCGCCAAGUACGAACCCAUAUACUUCCGCGAGCAUCGACAGCCCACCGCUUCGAGCAACCUCACCACUUCUGCAGCUAGCCAUCUUGGAUCUGCCAGCCAGUCCGAGUCAUCGCAUCGCAAGAAUGAGCAUCAACAAACCGACAAGCUCUUCUCUAUUGCAUUCUACAACCUGCCUCUAGUCUCUAGAGUGCGUGCCCUCCGAGCUGCCAACAUUGGACAGCUUCUCUCCAUCUCUGGAACAGUCACACGAACCUCUGAAGUGCGACCUGAGUUGUCCAUGGCUACCUUCACCUGCGAGGCCUGCCGCACCGUUGUGCCAAAUGUUGAGCAGACAUUCCGAUAUACGGAACCCACACAAUGCCCCAACACGACAUGCCAAAACCGAGUGGCCUGGCAGCUUGAUAUCCGACGUAGUACUUUUGUCGAUUGGCAAAAGGUACGAAUUCAGGAGAACAGUUCCGAGAUCCCUACAGGUAGUAUGCCUCGAACUAUGGAUGUUAUCCUGCGUGGUGAAAUUGUCGACCGCGCAAAGGCUGGAGAGAAGUGUAUCUUCACAGGUGCCUUGAUUGUUGUUCCGGAUGUUAGUCAACUGGGCCUUCCCGGUUUACGGCCGACUGCUAUUCGAGACGACCGCAAUGCGCCUAGAGGAGCCGAUGCCGGUGGAAGUGGAAUCAGUGGUCUCAAGGCUUUAGGUGUCCGUGACCUGACAUAUCGUCUCGCUUUCCUUGCCUGCAUGGUAAGCCCAGAUACCUCUUCAAGUGGCCAAUCUGCUGCUAGCGGUGCUGCCGAUGUUGUCAAUGCCUUGACGCAGAAUACGGCCAACGACGGAGACCAAUCUGUGGAGGAUGCCCAAGCUGCUGUCCUGGCGUCCAUGAACCCAUCUGAGAUUGAGGACCUCCGAGCAAUGGUUCACGGUGAUCACAUCUACUCUCGCCUUGUGCAGUCCAUUGCUCCCAUGGUUUAUGGCCAUGAGGUCGUCAAGAAGGGUCUGCUUCUUCAGCUCAUGUCUGGUGUCCACAAGAGUACCGCCGAGGGAAUGCAGCUUCGAGGCGACAUCAACAUUUGCAUUGUUGGUGACCCUUCGACCUCCAAGUCUCAGUUCUUGAAGUAUGUCUGUUCCUUUGCGCCCCGUGCUGUCUACACCAGUGGUAAGGCUUCGUCUGCUGCUGGUCUUACUGCAGCAGUGGUCAAGGAUGAAGAGACAGGCGAGUUCACCAUCGAGGCUGGUGCUCUUAUGCUGGCAGACAAUGGUGUUUGUGCCAUUGAUGAGUUUGACAAGAUGGAUAUUGCAGAUCAGGUUGCCAUCCACGAAGCCAUGGAACAGCAGACCAUCUCUAUCGCAAAGGCUGGCAUCCAGGCCACUCUUAACGCCCGAACAAGUAUUCUUGCUGCUGCCAACCCUGUUGGUGGUCGCUACAACCGCAAGACAACUCUCCGCUCCAACAUCAACAUGUCUGCACCUAUUAUGUCUCGUUUCGAUCUCUUCUUCGUCGUCCUCGACGAAUGCAACGAGCAGGUCGAUCGCCACUUGGCAGAACACAUUGUUGGAAUCCAUCAAUUGCGUGACGAGGCUGUCGAGCCUGAGUUCAGCACCGAGCAGCUCCAGCGAUACAUCCGCUUUGCAAAGACCUUCCGACCCGAGUUUACUGAAGAGGCCAAGGAUGUUCUCGUGCAGAAGUACAAGGAACUCCGUGCAGAUGAUGCUCAGGGAGGUGUUGGCAAGAACUCUUACCGAAUCACUGUGCGUCAGCUUGAGAGUAUGAUUCGUCUUUCCGAAGCUAUUGCCAAGGUCAACUGUGUGGAGGAGAUUAGCACGGACAUGGUUGUUGAGGCUUACAACCUCCUGCGACAAAGUAUCAUCUCCGUUGAGCACGAUGACGUCGAGGUGUACGACGAAGAGCCGCUGGAGGAUGCUGAGACUCUCCUCCGUGCUGCAGAUGCCGCUGCCGGCCUUGACCACGUAGACGCAGCUAUGGAAGAGGAGGACGAUGCCCAACCUGGUCGUAGCAGCGUGGCGCCUGAAAAGAAGAAGCAGACCAUCACCUAUCAGAAGUAUAUCGAGAUGGUCAACAUAUUUCUUAGGCGUGUUGCUAAUGACGACGAUAAUGGCAAAGGUGAAGGUACCAACGGUGAGGAGUUGGUCAACUGGUACCUUGAGCAGAAGGAGAAUGAACUCGAGGGCGAGGAAGACUACCACCAUGAAAAGGCUCUCGCCAAUAUGGUACUCAAGAAGAUGGUCAAGACAAACUAUCUCAUGGCUUUCCGCGGCGAAGGCCUCACAGAAGGCGAGGCAGGCUCCUCCUCAGCUGCCGAGGUCGUUUAUGUCCUGCACCCCAACGUCGAGGAGAUCCCUGGUCAAUAA